UAUGCAACCUUUGGCAACUGUAGUAUAGGUCCGCCUUGGUUCCGUUUUGGGGUGUUGAAGGGGUUCUUCGCUCUUCGCUCCAUAAGUGCCGUGCUCUGCUUCGCGGACCUGCAUUUCUUGGUUGUUAUUUGCUCGUUACAAAAAAAAAAAAAAACAAAACAAAAACAAAAGAAACAUCAGAUCACUACGCUGUCUGAAUUCUGAACUCCCAAUCAUUCUCCAGAUCCACAGUUCAGUUGACGAGCUCAUCAAGUCUCCAAACAUUGGCUGCUCGCCCCGAUUUCUAAAUUGUAGCUUUUUUUUUUUUUAAAUAACUAUUGUCAUCCCAUUUCUUCUUCUGUUUCCGAAGUACCAUUGUUUCCAUUGGUUUGAAUUCAUUUCUUGUCCGCUAGAAGUGGGUUCCUUUCAAAGUUGGAAGCAAAGCGCAGAGCCAUGGCUUUGGUGGGUAAAGCAAGAGAAGCAGGGAUUCCAUUGAUGAAGCUGAUUAGAUUAAAAGGGGUUCCUAUUUUGGAACAGUUGUGCUUAGAGGAACGGCUGCUUCGGACUGGUUCAGAUAAUUGGUGUCUGAUUAAUGAUGGUACAAAUUCCCCUGCCAUUGUGAUGGGCUUGUCUGGGAAACUCUCAGAACUUGUUGAAGUCAGGCCUGUGUUGCGAGAUCAGAUUCCUGUCAUCAGAAGGUUUUCUGGGGGAGGCACUGUUAUUGUUGACCAAGGAACUAUAUUUGUUACUCUCAUAUGUAAUAAAGAUGCUGUUCCAGAUAUUCAACCCUUUCCCCGUUCCAUCAUGUCAUGGAGCGGUCAGUUAUACAGUGAAGUUUUCAAAGGGAUUGGUGAUUUCCAGCUCCGUGAGAAUGAUUAUGCAUUUGGUGAUCGUAAGUUUGGUGGAAAUGCUCAAUCUAUAAUCAAGCACAGGUGGAUCCACCACACAUCCUUCUUAUGGGAUUAUGAAGUUAAGAACAUGGCCUACCUCAAGUUUCCAGCAAAGGCUCCCAAUUACCGACUUGCUAGAGGCCAUACAGAUUUCAUAUGUCGAAUGAAGGAAUUUCUGCCUCGAUUGGAAUUUGUACGCAGGACAAUUAAGGCAAUCAGAACUCGCUUCUCUCUGGAACCUGUAGCUGAAAAUAUUGUGGAGAUCGAUGUUCCCUCUGCAACCCAUUUUUCUCCCAGCACUAGGCUUCUCACCGAGCAUGAUAUAAGGGGAAUGUGUCACCAGUUACAAAAUAUCAUUCAGUGAUGCGGUGAAGUGAUUGCCAAAGCAUGGUAAGGUAAUAAGUUAGAGAAAAUUAAUUCAUGGAUGAUUAGGACAUAGAAUUGUCUUUGUUUCUCUUCAGAUUCUUUGGGGAACCUGCCUAUAAAAUAUAGGUGGAUUGAACUAAUCAUGAAAAAGCAUACGAACAUAUCAGGUUUCACUUAAAAGUGUGUCUGGAUUGCUUACUUGUGUCUUUAAUAAUUGGUUUGAUCUUUACCAAUGGGAGAUGGAUUUAGCAGAAGAGAUUAGUUUCUCAGAACGUGACGAACCAAGAUUGAAAUUUCCUGUUGGGAGAGGUAUUCACAUUCAGUACUAAAUUCUACUUCCAACAAUUAAUUAAUUGCUUUCGAUUUCCAUAUGGAGCUGGACUGGCACUUUGACUGUAUGAUCCAGUUGGUUCAUAGUUUCCAUUUUUGCAAUUUGUUUUUGGGCAAAGGGGCAAAUAUGUCUAAAAAGUCAUUGGUCAAGAACAUUCAGUAACCUAAAUUGAGAAAUAAGUGCACAAGUGCCCAUUAAGUUAUUUUUUAGUGCAUCUGUGAUCAAACCAUUAAAAGUCAACAAUGUUAAGUUGUGAAUCUGAAAUUUAACGAUUUGGUCAUAGUAUUGAAAAAAUAACUUCAUGAGCACUCGAUACACUUUUCUUCACUUUAAAUUAUUGAAUGCUUUUGGCUGAUGACUUUUUGAGUAUUUUUUUCCUUUGCCCUUUGUUUUUUCUGGAAACAGUACCUAAUUAUGUAGAAUAGAAGUUAAUUCACCCUGUGUAAUUUAUUUCUAAUAGGAGAACACCUAUACGUCAUAAAGAAAUAAUUAGUUUAGUCUUCCUAUAUGUCAGAGGUGGUCUUUAAUUCUUUAUCUCUGUCUUUU